AUGCAUGAAGAUAGCAAUUCAUCUUUAGGCUUAUUACAUUCAGAAACUCUUUCAGAGUUUUCUGAUUGUCCAUCUGAUAAAUCUAUAUCUGCAUUAAAUAAAUCUGAUUUGAAAUUUAUUAACGAGAUUGAUGAAGCAAGUUAUUCCAAAAAUGAAAAAUCCUUGGAUAUUAUGAAGAAUAUAAAUAAUCAUUCAAUAAUUGAUAAUAAUAACCUGUCUUUCAAUAACAAAAUAUUUAACGACUAUACAAAUAUAAACAAUUAUAAUUCACAUCCUAAUUUGGAUGUAAAUUCAAAUAACCAGAUAAGUAUAUUUCAAAAACUAAAAGAUAGUUCUCUAAUUGAUGAAGACAAUGAAUCUGUAAAUGAGAUUAAAUUAAAUGAUUCUGAUUUAGAUGAGUUAAAUGAUAGUUUGGUUCAUGAUUCUUUGGAAUCAAACUUAUCAGAUGAUGAAACAAUAACUUCAAAUAAACAAAAUGUAAAUCCUUUCACAUUUAAUCAAUCCCAAAAUGAAUCUAAUUCAUUGUUAGAUAGAUUUUUUUAUUCAGAUCUUAAUAAGGAACAUAGAAUUGACAAAGAGUGCUUUACAAAUGAUGAUCAAAAUGAAAUAUUUUGCCAUGCCCAAAGCAUCUUAGACAAUGACUCCAUGGAAUUUAGACUGCAAAAUCUUGGCAAUUUAUCAAACCUGAGUAUUUCCAAGGGUAAUGAUUUCGAAAAUUAUCGUUUCGCCGAAAAUGAUCGUAGAAUCUUAUAUCAAGAAGAAAACUCACCUCCCAAUGAUCAGAGCCAAUCUAGAAGCUUUACAAAAACUGCCGCUAUGCAAAAUGAUAAGGCAAAUCUCUUGAAUAUUGGAUAUAAUAACAUUUCUUCUUUUUUGCGUUUGGGGUCCGAGCCUUUAGGCUACCUAAAUAACACCGAUGGAUUGAAUGGCCUGACCGACGAGCGAAAAUGUCAGAUCAGGCCCAAGUUCGGUAGCCUCUCCAUAAACUCGCCUCAGAAUGAUCACACGCCUCUUCCUCUUUACGUUUCCGAUCUGGACUCCACUUCCAAACAUUGCAUGAAGCAAAAUUUUAACAAAUCUCCCCAUUCAAAACUUAACAUCGUAAACGCUAUCCUGGUAGAUCAGCAAGUUAUUAAUAAAUCAGAUUUUCAAAAUGCUGAUAUUAUGGAUCGGAAUAUUAAUCACGGUCCUUAUGGCGAUUCUAAUUAUAAAUUUAAAAAAACGCACAAUGAUAACAGCGAUAUUGACCUUAAUAACCAAAGUAAUCACGCCAUACCUAAUAAAGCUGGAGUAAAGUUCCAAGUUUCGCCGCCGUCAACACCAUCUCGUGUUUCAAGAGCCCGGGUUCUCCGAAGUACGAACCAUACCCCUUCAUCGAAUAUACUCACUAACAGCUCUAAUGGGAAAUUCGUCGCCGAUCAUGGCCAACGACAAAACUUGUCCAAUAUACUCGAUUUCACUAUGCCUAAUUGCAACCAAGAUUUUGCUUCAAAGGCCUCAAAAAUAUCAACCCCUUUAGAACGAUAUAAUGGAAAUAUAAUUGUCAAAAAAACUCGAAAUGAUAAAUUCGAUAAUGACAAGUUCUCAAAAUUAGCGCCUUUUAAUGAAAACCAACGAGAUCCGAGUUACGGCAUUCUAGAAGCAAGCGCUGAGAGAUCUACUUAUCGUAGACGAGUUCGUAACUUUUCUGAUAAUGUAAACAAUUCAAUAAACGAAACAUUAUCAGCUAAUCAAUCGACAAUUCAUGAAAAUAGACUUGGACCAAACCAAGAUGCUAGCAUGAAUGGAGACGUCUUAGAUCUUAGAUACCUCAUGCCAACAACAAAGAUCCAUCAUUUGGACACAACCCAUGAAAAUGGUUGUGACGAUGAUGACAUGAACGUGUUAAUGCCUUAUAAGGGUGCUAACCCACAUAUAGUUGAAAAAAACCCACAUCUUAUGCAAUCACAAUAUCCCGCUAAUCGGGGAGAUGCUUUAAACUCACCUCAAACAUACCAAUUUAGAAUGAAAGUUCCGGAGCAAAUAAAUUUUUUCCAGAGUUGUGAAUUGGGCGCACAAGUUUCAACAUCUUUUCCUAUCACUAACCAAGAUUCUCAGAUAGGCGUUGAAAUUUCGAAGAUUGAUUUUGACGGGCACCCAAUAUUUAGCUUGGAUAAUUCUAUGCAAUUACCUUUGGUAGUUCCUCCGGGAAUUACACGAUUCCUAAAGAUAAAUUUCAACCCAACGAUCCCUGCAAAUUUUAAAUCAAGCCUUACAUUUAUAAUAUCUGCCAUAUUGAAUUGUAACAAGGUUAUGGAGGAGAACAUAGAAAAGACAAUUAAUAUUCCCAUCUUCGCCAAAUGUCAAACACCAAACAUAAAUGUCUCAAAUCUUAGCCACGACCAUUUGUUAAACUUUGGUUAUACAGAUCAACCAUCUUUUGACCAAAAGAAACAACAUUUCGAAAUAUCAAAUUCCAACUAUUACAUUCUACCUUUAACGAUAUCGAUUGAAAACGAUAAAGGCGAUUCAAAGCCUUUCAGUUACGCAUUUGUUGAAGACGGAUUAAAUAACCUUAACCAACUCAUUCAUCAAUGUUAUCAUAUUUUAAAUGUUACUUUAAACCCGGGCGAAUCUCGUAUUAUAACUGUUGGUAUUAUACAAAACUCCAAUAAAACAUUUGAGUUAAAAGACUGCGUACGACUUUCAAACAUAUGCAAAAUAAAUUUCGCACAAAUGGAUAUAACGUUGAAAGAAAUACUAAUUACCGGCUUAUUGGGACCAUUAAUAGUCAAUAUGUUUGAACCAUCUAUUAAACAAUUUAAGCCCCUUGAUGAAUCAUCGAUUGAAUUGAGAAUGGUCCCUCAAUCACAUUUCUCCAUCCUUAGAUUCUUUUCCUGCGACACAAAAUCUUUGGCCGCCUCUAACUAUUCUCGCAAGUCUUCGACGGAAAAACUUGAUCAAACUACUCCUACGAAAUACGUAGCCCGAAUCGCAUACUGGAAUAAUUUGUUAGAGUUGAAGCUUUUAAGUCCUAAUAAUGUCAGUUCUGAGUGCUUGAAAUUAAUCUACGAUGAAGUCUCAAAACAUGAAAGCCACCCUGAUAUAUAUAAUGGAAGCUUCAUAAAAGAUGCCCGAAGUUGUUACUAUUUAAUUCAAAUAUAUCCGGGUCAGUUCAUUGAUAUUGGAGUCAGAUUAAAGUCUUUAGACUCUCUAAAGAUAUUAAAAUCCCAUUUUUCGGAUCAGGAUUUAAAAACAACGCUACUCAUCAAAAAUAGCCUAAACACCCUUACACUAUAUAGCGUACCUAUAUCGAUAAUAUUAAACAUGGGCGAGCGACAUUCAUCGCCACCUCAAAAAUCUAACCUUAUUAACCAGAAUCCCAUUUCGCAAUAUUCUAGCAAAUCAACUCCUAGCCAAAAACUAAAUUCCAAAAAUAAAAUUGACAUGGACAAUGUCGAUAAUAAAAUUAAUCCCGAUGAUUUACAAUUAGACGAGUACAUCGCGGAAAAAGCGUUGAAAGGGAUUAUGAAAGGAAUUGAGUCGGAAAGAUAUAAUAAUGAAAACUCCGCUGAUGAUCUGGACGAGUUGCUAGAUUUGAAGGAUGACGUAGGCAGUUCCAUCGAUUGCGCAAGUGGUUAUCUAUUUCAUGAAAAGAAGAGGGAUGGUCGUAAAGAUUCAUACAAAGAUGUUAAAGCAAUCAUACCAAAUCGUACUACUCAACAUAACGCUGCAAAAUUUUCUUCCAACAAAUUCUUAAGUUUUCCUCUCAAAUCGGAUCAUAAAAUUUUAAUUUGGGAUUCUGCCACGACAAAAUUAAUAAAUGAUAAAAACUCAUCGGUCCAAAGUUUCAAAAUAUUUUAUAAAAAUCCGAUUAACGACUUCGAAAAUCAUUUUGACAAAAAUACGAGUCUCAAGGCCUACAUAGCCAUUAAAUACAAUCAUUGUUACGCGGAAAAUGAUAAGUGGAUAAAGAAUAUAAAUGGUGACUUCGCAGUGUCUAAAUCUAAAAUUACUGAUUUUUGGGACUAUUUACUGAUCGCGCAUCAUGUAGCAAUAGAUCACAUCAUGAAAUAA